UCGAGCAAAUUGUUUAGCGAUCGAUCGUAGAACAUUGUAAAAUCUUAUAAUUUAGCCCAAGAAAUCUGAUAAACUAGUGGAUUAUGGAGUGGACUAAAGACAAGACAUUGAAACUGAUCGACUUAUUGCAAUUGAAUGCAUCCUUGUGGAAUCCUUCACUUUGUGACUCGAGGAAAAGCAAGCAGAGACGAAAAGAGGAGCUCCUGGGCAUUUCUGACAUAUUAGGAAUAAGUGUAUUUGAUGUUACUAAAAAAAUACAGCAUCUUCGUACGCAAUAUAACAGAGAGGCCGCUCGGGAAUCGCGCACUACAGCGGAUGACCCUAGCUACGUCUAUGUCAGUAAUUGGUACGCGUUCGAAUAUCUACACUUUCUGAAAGAUCCGAAUAAACCGUAUAGAAUUGUACAAGUGUCUGAUAAUGGAGAUGAAAAUAGAACAACAAAGUCAAAUGUGGCAUACAAUUAUGAAAGUAAACUGGAUGUACUUCUGUCCCAUAGUAAAGUGACAGACCGAAAUGUUUCUAAGCCAGAAGUAUUGACCUCAGCUUCAAUAUCAACCAAAGAUGAAUAUGCUGUAUUUGCAGAGUACAUUGCAAAUGAGUUGCGACCAUUAAAAGAUGAGAAACAUUUUUUGAUUGCAAAGAAAAAAAUAUUAGAUGUAAUUUUUGAAGUAAAAAUGGGAAUGAUUGGGGAGAAUAGAAUUGAUCAACCAUGUGUUGGGUAUAGAGCAUCACAAUCUGAACCCACAUCAAUGUCUAGUGAUAAGAUAUAUGCAAACAACCAGCCAUCAAUAAACACUAUCGGAGAUAGCCUUCCCCCCUCCCACUCACAACCUUCUUCAGCUAUGAACGAUAUAAUAAUAUACUAGAACUCACUGAGCACAAAUUCAAGAAAUAUAUUAAAGCUUCUUUGACAAUGAAGGCUUACAGUAGAUAGAUAGUAGACUACUUCUGCGCAGGCCACCUAAACUUCUAUAAUAUUAUAUUGAGUAGGCUCAGUUGUUAUAUGAUUUAAAAGAUGGCAGUUUUUUCUCAGUCAUUCCUAUUGCCACUCCCUUAUUGUAAAUAAAUAUAUUUCUGUAAUCAUAAGCAACUUAUGUGAUUAUUCAACAUACAAAGUUGGCACCACAUAGCAGUACUAUCCACUACCUCAUGUGAAGGUCGAUGCAAAUGGUCAAUUAUCUGUUUAUUCUUAAACCUUAUCAGGAACAGAUUUGUUUAUAGCAUGAAUAUGAUAAAUAUAUUUUUUUUUAUUCACCGAAAAUCACAACAUAGCAAUGUACCUAUUGUGAAAUAAUGUGUGCAAUUGUUGUGGUUUGUUGAUAAAUGUGGUAAACCUUCAUCAAUAGUAAUAAACUAUACUAAUAAGAUGAUAUUGGUCUGAGAUAUCAUUGAUAAUCUUGAUAUGUCUUUGCUCAAAUCUUGAGUUCAACCUGAUGAUAAUAAUAAUAAUAAAUCUUUAUUUGUUGCAAAAAAAAAUACAAUUUUGCUUAAAAUUACCCUCGACCCCCAAACUAGGACAUGGGGGUUCAUAAUAAACAAAUUGUUUAGAUUUGAAAAAGUGGCAUCUCGAGUCAGCAGGUUAUCACCUGUAAAGUAGAUCCUGUAGAUGGAGCCACAACCUGAGAGUUGAACAAAGACAUUUGACAUAAUAAGUUCAUGAUAUAUGAUUGCUUUUUGCUUAAAUGCUUGAAUAGGAAUUAGAUUGGCUCCUCUACAUAAUACAAAGAUUUAUGAACUUUACGUCACUCGAACGGUUGGGUCAGUGGAAUAGCGCUCGCACAGAACGCGAGAGGUCGCGGGUUCGAGUCGCGCAUCGUUCAUAGAUUUUGUUUUCAAAUUAAUUUGUGUAAUGGAUGACUCUGAAACUGUGAUCAAAUGUGUAUCAGAAUUAAUUAUCUAUCUGAUAGCACAUUGUUUCCAGGAUACUUUAUAUGAUGAAGUUAGAUUAUUUGUUUUAUUUAUACAAUGUGUAAAUAAUAAAUUAUUUUUUGUUACAAAUUAAAUUGUUUUAUUAAGCCACAUUAACCCACAUUUAAGCAUUGCAUGAUGUGCAGGGUCACAGAUAAUAGAAUAAGUAAUAUUUAUUUACCAUAAAGGGACUUUGAGAUGGGGAGAAGAACUCACAAGAAACUCCCAGCCCAUCUUUCAAAUCAUAUAACAACUUAGUCUACUUAAAAUAACAUUAUAAAAUAAAAAAGGCAUUUAUUUUCUCAAAAUUGAUUCCUUUAGAAUUCUUUUUGAUGUCAUUUCUAAUAUACUAGAUACUACUACCGCUUCGGAAACAAAUGGCGCUCUGAGAGAGAAGAAGCGGCGCAAGAAACUCCCAGCAUUCUUUAUUUGCGCUCUUUUUAAUAAAAAUAUACAAUAUUGUACUUUCUUUGCUAUUGCUAUAAAAUAAUCGUAAUCUAGUCCCAGGCUGUGCGAUCACUUAGAUAUUACGCUGUGGAGUAAUAGGAUUUACGACAGGGCCAUUUUUUUAUAAAAUACCUAAAUUUAUUUAUAGAUAAUUACUGAACAGUGGCUGGGACUUUAUUAAAAAAGAAAAUUUUUUACCCUUAAAGCUAUUAUGUAUCUUAUGAAGCCUACUAGAAUUAGUUACAAGCAUUUCCUUAUUUCUAGUGUUAUAAUAAUGAAAAUCACUAUAAAGAGCAAAAAGGUGACGAUUUUUUUGAACGUAUAUUAAAUUUUCAUAAAUGUACUGACAAUGAACAGUCAUAAUAUUCAUUUCUUUAAAUUUUUCUUUGAGAGACUGUCUAUAACCAAGCUGAUAUAUAGCACGAACAGCUUUUGCAGGUCAAACACUAUAUCAAUGACAGCAGCAUGACCCCACAGUAAAGUACCGGAUGCUGUGAAAAUAACUGAAAUACACUAUAUAAUAUCUUAGGUGGCCUGUGUAGAAUCAGACAAGAACCAUGCAUCAUUAUCCUCUAUAUAAACUACUAUACUAUAGUAAGCCUUCUUUGUCAAAGAAGCUUUAAUAUAUAUCUUGAAUUUGUGCUCAGUGAGUCCUAGUAUACAACACCAUAGUGUAUAAAUAGCUCUGAUAUCUCCUCUAGUGCACACAGUAUCAUUUCAAUCCAGUUGACCACAUGCAACUGCUGCUCAUAUCAUCUGGAUCCAGUACUCUAUGAAUGUCUCUAUUGCUUGGUGUUAUAUUUACGAAGAGAAGUGUUCCAAAGAACUAUAUUACCUGAUUCCCGCUGCCGAAUCCACCAUUCUUCACAUCCACAAGCUGGAAGUGUGACAUUUUCCUCAGUGGUUUUCAAGGAAUUUUCUACACGCAACGGCAAUGUACGCAAAUAAACGUGGUAAACUUAAAGCAAGAAGUAAUAACUCAUCAGUCAUCCUAUUCCAACUGUAAAAGUGGAGUUCCU